CAUGGCGGACCCGAAAGUGUUUCCGUUGAAAUGCGGCACGCAGCUGUACCUAUGGGGGAAAAAAGGCCGACAGAGCGAAGUGGCGAGACUUCUGGAGUCCAGUCCGUAUCAGACUGGCUUUUCUCUUAACCCGGAAACAACAUACGCAGAGCUAUGGAUGGGUACCCACCGGAAGUCGCCCUGUUACGUGGCUGACACGGACAUGACCCUGGAGGCCUGGAUAGACGCACAUCCGGACUGUCUGGGCCAAAAAGUGCGGGAAAAGUUCAAAGGUCAGCUGCCCUUCAUCAUGAAGGUGCUGUCCUUUGACACGGCCCUGCCUCUCCAGGCACAUCCUAAUAAGAAACACGCUGAGGAACUGUUCGCCAGUGCGCCUGAGAAGUACCCGGAUGACAACCACAAACCUGAGAUCGCCAUCGCUCUGACUAACAUGCGGGGCAUGUGCGGGUUCAGGCCACUGGGGGAGAUAGCGGGGUACCUCAAAGAGAUUCCUGAGUUUUACGAGGCGAUCGGCGCCGAGGCGGCGGAGGAGUUUCUCUCGGCGGCAGGCGCGUCCGACCCCGCCCACCAGAAAGCGGCGCUCCGGGCCCUGAAGAAGUGCUUCCACGCGCUCAUGGUCUGCAACGAAGAGGUAGUCGCCAGGCUGCUGGCUGUCAUGGACAAGAGGAUGAAGAAAGAAAUUGCCGCGGGCCGAGACGUUACGGCUAGCAACGGCGAGCUGUUCCUACAGCUGCACCGACAGUAUCCCGCCGAUAGGGGGUGCUUUUCCAUCUACCUGCUGAACGUGGUGGACAUCGGACCCAGCCAGGCCAUCGACGUGCCCGUCAACGAGGCGCAUGCGUACAUAUCCGGAGACUGUGUGGAGGUCCUUGCGAACGGGGAUAACGUGGUGUGCGGCGGCCUGACAGACAAACAGUUCAGCCGCCUCAACGACUUCGAGACCCUCAGCGAGAUGCUCAGGUACGAGCCCGCCCCGUGCUCCGAUAAGAUCAUGCGGACCAAGCCCGACCCUUCCGACCCGAACGUCGUGUUCUACGAUCCAGGCAUCGACGACUUCGCGGUCGCCAAGAUAGAGAUCCCGUCUAAGACCAAGUCCUACGUCAUAUCGCGCAUGAGCAGUGCCAGCAUCGUGCUGGUUGUCAAGGGCGACGCCACCGGCACCAACGUCACCGCCGGAGAACCAAUCAGCUUCAAGCGCGGGGCCGCUAUCUUCAUCUCAGCCAAUCAGGACGUGCGGCUAAAAAUCAGCUCAAGGGGCCUUCUAAUGUUCCGCGCCUACUGCCCGGUCUAGAUUUUAACCCUCAGUCUGCUAAGGUUCCCGUUAGGUAAUCUCCAAGCAGAUACUAGGGUGGCAAAGACCGUAUCAAAUUGGCCAGGCAGUAUCCAUUAUAUUUGGCCAGAGAGGGUCCAAUACGCCAGCCUAGGAUCUGCUUGGAGAUUUGUCUUGGUUACCAGAUUAGGCAGCUGGGAAAAGGUUAAAC